AUGACAUUUGCAGCGACAGACGCUGGUGAGUAUCUUGUGCCGGAAGAUUCUUGGAAAUCCCAGCCAACAUGCCGUUUAGUUGUAUCUAAAUCAUCAUCUGGAAGCUUAAAGGGAUCAUCACUGCAGUCAAAAAAAAGCUCGACUUUUGUCGACGUCGGUAUGCUAUCGCUCAAUAACGUCCACUUUAACGAUCUGGCCAAAGAAGACAGCCAACUUUUUGACGACAACGAAAUUGACGAUCGUUCUUUACAGCACUAUCAACUUGGCUACAACGAAUCGUCAUCCUGCAGUCGUGGGAAGUUGACUUUUGGACUUCGAUAUGAUUUUAUACACAGAGUGUUAAUGCUUCACGUCAUUUGUGCGAGACAGUUACCAUCAGAGGGCUCACACGCGGUGGACCACCCUUAUAUUAAAAUGUACUUGCUGCCAGAGAGACGAAAUCACUGUAGGACAAAAAUUUCAAAAAAGAUCAAACUUGGACCAAAUCCGGAUUUUAACGAAAUGUUUUCGUUUGAUGUCAGUUUUGAGAACAUUCCGCACCGGAUGCUGCAGUUUACCGUUUACAAUUUCGAUCGCUUUACUCGGCAUGACCUUAUUGGCAAUGUUAUUAUGCGAGAUUUGUUGGAUAAGUCAAAUUUAACUGACUGGACCGAAUACACAAUGCCUAUUGUGGGCAGUCAGGAGAAGAACGAUUACGGUGUUUUAUUGCUGUAUCUAAACUAUUGUUUAAGCAAAGAAAAGUUGUCUGUCACUGUAUCAAAAGCGUACAAUUUGAGGCCGAUGGAUAUUACUGGAGCAUCCGACCCAUAUGUGAAAAUUGAACAAGUUUAUCAAAGAAAACGUGUAAAGUUAAAGAAAACUUCGAUAAAACGGGCAAAUCUUAACCCUGUGUAUCAUGAGUGCCUUGAAUUUGAUCUGCCUUCGAAUGAAAUUGAUAAAACAACGUUGCUAGUGCAGGUCAUGGACUGGGAUAGAAUUGGACACGACGAUUUACUGGGAUGCUGUAUUAUUGGCAAAGAUAGUCCCACAGCGGAAGGGCAACGACAGUGGACCGACUGCUUCCAGUAUCUGGAAUCUAGCAGUACUGGAGAAAAAUCGCGUCCUGUCGGAACUUGGCAUUACCUGUUGGGUGAAGUUCCUUUGGAAUUUGUUAAAUUGCCAAAGUCGAAAAAGUAG